CCCGGGGACUUUGUCUGAGGAGAGUCGACCUCAGGUUCAUUCACCAGGAAGAGUUUUAAACUCUGUGCAGAUAUCAUAUGCAUCAAAGAUGGUGAAAUCGUGUCAUGUGACUUUCAGUUGUGUAAUCAGCUGAUCACUUCCACCAUCAGCUGGGCACUAACAUGUGAUGAUGACUCACUGGUCAUCAUCACAUUCCUGCUCUUUAUGUUUUUCCUGUAGGCAGGUGGUGGUUCAGUUCCCCCCCAAGGCCCCGCUUUCAUAUGGGUGGCUGUUGUACCACACGUGGGGGGUCACUGAGCUGUAAGCUUUUGCUGCUCAAGUUGCACUGAGCUUCGGAACUUGCCUUGGCCUGUGCAGCCUUCAGAGGGACUUUAGGGGGGCCCUGCUUUAAAGGGAUAGUUCACCCAAUUUUAAAUUAAUUUAUCUACUCACCAGUAUGCCGAUGGUGAGUAGAUAAUGAGUGAAUUUCAAAUUUUUUGUUGAACUAUUCCUGUAAGGAGAGAUUUAGAAGAAGAUGCUAAGUUUGUCUUAUAAACAUGUUAUAAGUUUGAGGUUAUAAUUGCGUUUACACAAUACAAAUGAAACACAGUUUUACUGCCCAGCCUCCAGUAGUAUCAUUAGUAGUAACGUUUAUCUACUAAACUGCAAUUUGAGAGUAUUUACCAGCGGAUAUUCCCAAAAUUACAAAGGUUUUACUUUGAAAGUGCUGAGCAGAAGUCUAUAUUAACUCCAGCUUGUUUUGUGCGGAGACGCCGCCCGGGCGGGCGGGUACCGGCUCCGGCGUGUGUCACAUGGCUGAAGCCGGGUGACGAGGGUUCACUCCGCGGGUGAAACAACCGAGCCUGGAUGAAUGUGGAAGCUGGAUCGUGGAGGAAGAGGAAGAGAAACCCGGAGACACCGUGUGACUGAGUGACCGCUGCCCGCAAGAGGCGCUCACUUCUCCGCCAGGUUCUCCCCCGAACACGACGCUUGUUAACGGGACUUUUUGAUGUUGUUGUUGUUGUUGACAAGAAAGUUUAGAAUCAGUUUUUAACAUGUGACAACUUCAGGAUCCGUGAAGUUAUUAAGUGUCCUACUGCCCGGUUGUUGUGUCCGGUCCGAUCCGCUGAAGGCCGGGGGACACCGGGACGCGCAGCCCGAACAGCCCUCCUGUUUCUCGGCUGUGAUCCUCCAUGGGUCGACCCUCCUCCUCCACCACCUCCUCCUUCUCCUCUUCCUCGUCCGCCGCCUCCGGCCCGUGUGAAAGAUGAUCGGGUCACCGGACCUCCUGGCGUUCACCAGCUCCGAGGGCUUCGGGGAAGGGGACGAGGACCGGGGGUCUGCGGGGCCGCCGGAGGACUUCUCCGUCCCGCUGCUGCCUCUCUCACACCCCUGGAGCUGCUCCGCUCUCUUCCAACGGGACUUCAUCCUGGUGGCGGAGUUCUCCGAGCAGGUGGGUCCAAAGCCCGUGCUGACGAUCCCGGACGACCCCAGAGUCAUCGGCUCCUUCGACCUCAACCACUUCUCCGUCCGCAUCAUGUCCGUGGACUACCAGGCGUCCGGCCCCGUCCACGCCUCCCACGCCGGCCCCGGCCCCCGCCUCAACUUCAGCGAGGACUCCGAGGUGAUCUUAGGAGACUCGGCCGAGGACGCCUUUGCGUACGUGCACCACCUGACCCUGUACGACCUGGAGGCCCGGGGCAUGGUGCGGCCCUUCUGCAUGGCCUACGUGUGCUCCGACCUGGCCAAGCUGAUGGAGAACUUCGCCGAACUGUCCUCGUGCUUCUCCCGGGCGGCUGACAGCCUCAAGACGGGGAACAGGCAGGCGUUCUCCAUGGAGCUGCAGAGGAAACUACAGGAGCUCGAGUACGUGAGGCUGACGCUGCUCCAGGAGACCAAACACCUGUCGGCUGUCAACGGCUUCACAGAAGACGCAGGACAAGCGGCUGAUCUGGAAUCUGUGGAGCGUUCAAUCUCAACCCACAGAGACCUCCUCCGCCAGGUCACCUCCUACCCGAACAGGAAGCUCAAGAAACCUGACUUCCUGCCCUACGACCCCGCCGACUCCCUCACCGAUCCCACUGCCCUGCUGCCCACUGAGCAGAGCCCCCCCAGGCCCACCCCCACCCCCUGCAGGUCGGAGCACGAACUGAAGCCCCUGCAGGAGCUCUGCAACGACUACUUCCUGUCCCUGACGAAGGAGCAGCUGGCGGACACGGAGCGCCGCCUCCGGGGCGACAGGAGCGUCCUGCGAACCGUCCGGGUCUCGCGUUCCCUGUCCAGGAGGCUCGCGCUCACCAACUUCCUGUUUGACUCCUGGAGCACCGAGAACGAGGAGGAGGAGGAGGAGGAGGAGAAGGAGCUGCCGAGGGCGAGUCAGAGCGGCGUCAGGGCGACCUGCUCUGAACCCAGGAGCCUGGACUCUUUCUACUCCUGCGUGGAGGAGAUCCCCAUCAAGCUGGAGGCCGGAGGGGCGCUGACCUCUGACCCCGGCGUUGUGACGGAGAUGGCAGGAAGCGUGAGCAGCAGCGACAGCAUCGAGGUGCUCGGCACAGAGAAGUCGUACCGGACGCAGCACGACGUGGACGGAUCCGACAGCAGAGCAGAAACCCCGGUCAUGCUGAUGGACCCCCCCCUCCGGCGAGUGCCGGUCGACACCGGCGCCAGACGCGUGCGGGCGUACGCCAGAAGAGCCAACAGCGAGGACAGCAUCGAGGUCCUGAGCACCACCGAGUCCAUCUUCCCCGACGACCUCACCGCCAUCACAGAGGAGGAGGCGGAGCAGCAGCCUCUGAGCAACGGCUUCGAGGAGGAGGAGGAGGAGGAGGAGGAGGGCAGACCUGAGGAGAAGAUCCUCAAUGGGACCGGUGAAGGAGGUGAACAUGGAAACGAACAGUUUGCUCGGAGAGAGGAAGGUGAUGUUGAUGAAGACGAGCCUCUAAAGGAUUUAACUGUCGGUGAUGGCGUGGAGGUCAAAGAGGAGCCAGUGGAGAGCUGGAAGAAGAAUCGAGAGCACGAAGACGAGAGAACGGAGAAGACGUCCAACGAGCUGCAAGUCCAUGAAGCAGUGGAGCCGAUGUCCAACUCGUCCAAAGUCCAUCAGAUGGUCCAGUGGAUGGACCUCCUUGUGAACUUUGCCCCCCCCGUGGCCCCGGCGGAGGCAGACCAUUGGUCCCCCCCCCGCGCUCCCCUCAGGGUGCCAAGCAUCGACGAGGCGUCAGACUGCACCAGCUUCACAGGCUCCUCGGACCCCCCCUCCCCGACUCAGCACAUCCACAUCAACCCCCGCUCAGACAAGAGGAGGAGGAAGGCCGGUCUCCGAGCCCUGAGGUUCGUGAAGCACUUCUCCUUCUCCCAUCACGCCGUGUUCUGCCUCUUGAGCGGCCGGCCGCUGGUUGUCCUCGGGGGGGACGAGAGCCUGGUGAGGAAGCUGGUGGACGCUCUGAGUCUCUUCCUGCCGGCGCCCGACAGAAACGCCAUGACGCCGUGUCUGACCACGCCCCUUCAACUGACCGACCUGCUCACCUGGAGACUGAUCGGGAUACACAGAUCCCCCUCCAGCUCCUCGUCCAGCAUCAUCCACUCCCUGAGCCGCUACAGUCGGUACCUGGCUCUGCUGGACCUGGACCAGAAGACGCUGCGCUGUCCGUGCUACUCCGGCUCCCUCAUCAGCAGAAUGACCGAUCCUCACAGUGGCAUCAGCCGCGGCUCCACCUACCUGCUGCACCUGGAGAGCUGCCUGGCCGCGCUGGUGAACCAGGCUCUGCUGCACACGUUCCGUCCUGCCUCACACCGUCUCUCCACACCAGGACUGUCCAGCAGUGAACAGGAUGUGAGAGUGAUGAACUUCCUGUCCGAGCUCAUCAAGCAGCGCCACGCGGGACGCGGACCCCCGGUCUUAAGAUUCUCUUACAGCGCAGUGCAGCUUCACAGGAACACGUACACAACAUGAAAUCCACCGAGUCGGGAGAACCCCAAAAACUAAACGCACUGAUUCCUGUGUAAUUUGAUCCGAUGCUGAAGGUUUCACAUCAUCUGACACUGUGAACAUGUGAAGACAAAACAAUCACACGUGUGUUUACAUGCUUCCUGCUCCAUCACGUAGCUCUGUUUACUGUACAUUAGUGCACUAGUGUCUCUCAGGCACCGGAACCCUGAACCCGCUGGCAGCCUCCACAUCUCCAGCACCCGAAGCUUUUACGUUUUAUUGAAGUGUGUUUUUAAAAUGUAGGUUUAACAUGUGAACUGACAAUUGAGCCACGUAUGUGCACUGUGCAAGUUUAAAAUGAGGAACAAUCUGAAGGCAGAUUCUGAUAGAUGAUGGAUAUUCAGUAGUGAAACAGUCGAGCUGCAGUUUGAUAUGAGCUGAAGCUUUGAGUUUGAUUCUGUUUAUAAAGAUGGACGACACAUCUGCACUUCCUCUCGUUAUCCAGAAGGGAAGCGUCCCACAAGCUGAGUCGGUCUCAGCUGUCAAUCAUGAUGACACAAAACCUCUUCAAGAAAAAAAAUAUAUUUAAUGUUUACUUUGACUUUUCAGAUUGUUUAUACUGCAGCUAUCCACUAGGGGGCAAUCAUGAACCCGGGCUUUAUUUUUGUCUUUUCGAGUCGUCCAUCUUUAAAUUUUAGACAGUUUAUAGUUCAACUCUACCUGUUGGUAAAGAAGUUAAAAAAAAACUUUUAGUUUAAUUUCAAUAAUGGGCAGUGGUGGAAGAAAUACUUAGAAAUGUAUCAGUGCAAUAUAAAUUACCUCUAAUAACAAAUACGUAAAAUUAAAUGUUCUCUUAUUUCUGAAAUAUUCAUGUCAUCAGUUAAUCAAUGUGCAGUUUGGUGAGUUUUACUUUUAAUAGUUGAGGUUUGAGAGAUAAGUCCAUGUUAUGAUACUUAAUAUUUAUCCUCCACCACGCGCAGGGAAAUACAUUUAUUUUGAAAGCUUUAGUUUAAUUUGAAUGCAGUAAACUUCCACCACUUGUCCUUCAACUCUAGACAGUACGACAGCCUCUUCUUGUGAAUCACCGUUUAUUUUUACGACACAAGCUUGAACUGAUUUUAACGUGUUUUUAUAUAUUCCCUGAAAAUAUAUCACAUCAUUUUUUACACUGGAAUUUCAAAAUGUUAAACAAUAACCCAGAGACAGAAUUCUUCUUCUCUUUUGACUCAAGUAAUUCAUAAAGCUGUUAUUUUUUUUAUUUACAGUUACAUAAAUGUCUCAAUAAAAUAGUGAAUAUCUAAAAGUAUCUCCAGAAAGUAAACAUAAUUCAGUUCAAAUAGAACAAAAUCCCACAGAGAAGAAUUCAACUUUUUUUAUCCUGUUCAGAUCAGACUGGAAAGUAGAUUAUUAAAGAAUAAAGUAGAAUAUAGUGUCUCUGAGGUGUUAAUAAUGUAAUUUACAGUGGAGAUAUUGUUCUCUUCACUAUGCCGACACUACCUGGUCUGUACAGGUUUAUUCUGUGUGAUGUGUAAAUCUCCCAGUGCUCGACUCUGUGGCGAUUCCAGGAUGUUGAGGCGUAGUGAUGUGCAAUCAGGACAAUCUGCGAAGACAAAGCAAAUAUUUAUAUGAUGUUAUAUAUUGAUGUGAGAGAGGAUUCACACUGAAGGGGGAAUAAUAUAUUGACACAUCCACUCAGAGAGUAUUUUGAAACCCUGAAUCAAAACUAGUGCUGAAGGAUUAACUGACUAAUUGAUUGUAUUUAUUAAAGAAGUGAGGUUUCUGAUGCAGUAAUUGAACCUGAUUGAUUGUAUCUGCAACGACACCAAUUAAAAACAGAUCAGACACAAACUUCACUUAAAGCUGCAACUCAUGAUUAUUUUCACGAACAGUUAAUCUGAAGGUUAAUUUCUAAAAGAACCCAAAAAAUUGAGUACUGUCAUUUUUUUUUUAAAUAAAAUUGUUUGAUUAGUCCUUUUUUAAA